GAAAAAAAAAGUAUUUUGAUUUUCGUAAAUUCAACAGUUGAUAGACAGAGGCGAUAUCUUACCGACGUCUGACGAUCAAUGUAAAGUUGAAGUGGAAGCAUGAACCUAAAACUGGACCUACACUCAUUUGGUUUUGUAAUAUGCCUUAGUGUUAUUGGCGACGUUUUUUGUGCGAUGACAAUGAAACAACUGAUAAAAUCCAUGGAUAUGAUGAGAGAUACUUGCUCACCGAAAUUUUCACUUCCACCGGAGACUUUGGCAGGACUUCGAAAGGGCAUUUUUUUGGAAGAUAGAGAGCUAAAAUGUUAUACUCUGUGCAUUGCUCAGAUGGCCGGAACUAUCACCCGAAAAAAUGAGAUAAGUUUGGAGAAGACAAUAAAGCAAUUGGAAUCAAUGCUACCGCCCGAUGUAAAGCAAUUAGCUAUUGAAACCGUAACGCUGUGCAAAGACGUUCAAAAACAAUACAAAGAUCCAUGCGACAAAACGUUUUAUUCAGCAAAAUGUGGUUACGAAUUGCAACCGGAUAAAUUUAUGUUUCCCUGAUAGAAGCUUUCAGUCCCAUUCUAACCGCAUUCGGUGUGCAUUAAGGAAGUAUAAUAAUAAUGAAAUCACAGUUUACAUACAUUCUUGCACCAAUCAUAUAGCAACUGUUG